AUGCUCUUUGAACACAGAUAUAUUUCCCCAUCUUCGGUGGAUGUAAUGAUGAAAAAUCAACUCUAUCAAAUUCAUAAUGCUCGUGGAGGCAUUCAAACCUCAACGGAAUCAUGUUUCAACCAACAACCCGACCAUAUACACUAUAUUCAAAAUCAAUAUGGACAGAUGAACAUCUCUUCUCAUUCCUAUGAUCAUCACUAUUCUGAGAAUAUACCUCAACAACAUAAUUAUUAUUACAACAACCAUGAGGAUAUAAAUCAACAAUUAAAAACAAACUACCAAAACAUUAGAAACGCGAAUACAGCCAAUGGAUUUAUUAGCAUUUCUGAAUUUGCUCCUCUUAAUGAAAAUCAACCGCCCUUAAAACAAACUAACCUUAAUCAACCAAAGCAAUCUAAACCUCCACCUUCAACAACUUCCAAAUUAUCAGACCCUCCAAAAAGCAAUUUAGAACAAUACUUUAGCACAACUGACUUUAAUGAUAUCGUCGUCCAACAAUCUACCAACCAACAACAAACUAAUGAUAAUCAAGCAUCUUAUAAUGGAAAGGACAGAUACAAGACAGAGUUAUGUCGAUCAUGGGAGGAAACUGGAUAUUGUAGAUAUGGAGAUAAAUGCCAGUUUGCUCAUGGUAGACAUGAAUUAAGGUUGGUGACAAGACAUCACAAAUACAAAAGUGAGCUUUGCAAUAAUUACCAUUACGAAGGAACUUGUAUGUAUGGUAUAAGAUGUUGUUUUAUCCAUUCCAUUGAUAGAUGUGUGAUUGGAAGAGCUCUUAGUCAAAAUAUCGAUAUGGUUCCAAUUCACCAAACUUCACGAUUACCAGUUUUUCAAGAUUUAAAACCAACACCCCAACUUACCUCUGCAUUCUUGUUUACAAAUGAAGCUGUAAAUCAGUAA